CAUCCAGCUCUAGACCGGCACCGGACCAGCAGACCACCCACCCCCCUUUCUGUUUCCCUCGAAACCCAGGGACCACCCAGCUCGCCUGUGAGACCGGCACCGGACCAGCAGACCACCCAGACCGGCACCGCCGUCAGACCACCGGCACCGGACCAGCAGACCACCCACCCCCCUUUCUGUUUCCCUCGAAACCCAGGGACCACCCAGCUCGCCUGUGAGACCGGCACCGGACCAGCAGAUCACCCAGACCGGCACCGCCGUCAGACCACCGGCACCAGACCAGCAGACCACCCAGACCGGCAUCGGCGUCAGACCACCGGCACCGGACCCAAACCUGCAUGCCUUGUUUGUCUCUGAAAUGGCUAAUGAUUGUUUUUGUUGUUCUUGAACCAAAUAGGCAGGAGAUCAUCUAUUCAAACUACCCUUAUAGUAUUAUAUCUCUUUACAAGUUUCCCAACUGUGCUGUUCAAAAUUAUAAGUGUCCUGAUUGGGUGGCUGAUGGACUACGGGGUAGCAUCUGCAGUGGUAUUCUUUGCCUUCUAAUUGGAGUUUUACUUGUUAUAACAGAGUCAGUUGAUACUUCGAUGGUACCUCCUCUUGACUUAUUUGUCAAUCAAUCACUGGUUGAAACACAAGGCAAUCCUCAAUUGCCUACCACUCCUCUGGACAAAGAAUGUGAAUCAAUGGAGUCUAUAAACUCCAAUAAUGAGGCAACUAAGAAGAACACUCACGAGGUUCUCAAGCCAACUGCAGUACAUUCAACGAGCCCCAAUAAGAUUGUUUUCAUAUAAGUUUACUUAAUUCAGUUCCUAGCUUGUACGCCAUAGCAUCCUAGCACCUGUCAUCAGAAAAUUAUUUGAAUCUUUUUCCAUUUUGUCUUAUAAGUUUACUUAAUUCAGUUCCUAGAUUGUUUUCCAUUUGGUCAUGUAUGACACUAUACUUAAAAAAGUUAUGCAAUAUUAAACACCUGAACAUA